AUGUGCGGCGCCACGGCCGACGUGGUCACCAUGUCGUGGGCCGAGGGCCAGCGGCAUCCGUUCCCCGACUUUGGCGUCAACGAGAAGUGCCGCGACUUUGACGCCAUCCUCGCGUGGCAUGAGCGCACGAGGAUCAGAGACAUGGACAAGUACAAGGGGCUGACGGUGCCCGAGGGUCGGGAGGCGCGGCCCAUGGUGUCCGAGUUUCACAGGCUGUUUGGAACGUAUGAAGGCACGGUCGGUCGUGAGGACGAGUGA